AUGAUGAGGGGCGGACUGUUGCAGCCUGCGACACCGAGCGCCGGAGGAGAAGGAGGAGGAGGAGGAGGAGGAGGAGGAGGAGGAUGGGGUGGUUCCUGGAAACCGGCCGCCCCUGCGACCCCAGCCACUCAAACGACACCCGAAACAGGAACGGCACAAAGUCAACCCAAGUCCGCCAACGCUGGUUUGCUUCCUCACGAAAUCGCCGCUAGGCAGCGCUUGUUGCGCAUGGCUGAGGCCGCUGUGGCUGCUCAGCCCGCUCCGCAGCCCGCCCGAAACCCGGCACCAGAACCUCCCAAACGCGCCUCGAGUGACCGUCCGGUGCGCCGGCUACCUGAAGGUCAACAGAACGAGUUCAAUAGGGCUCCGCCUCGCAAGGAACAGCAGGGACCUGUGGUGCGUAGGAUGCUUCUGCACCCGAAACAACCAGGUCAAGACCCUACAACAGAAACACCAGGGCCCAAAACUGAGCGUGAAGCCCAAAGGAACCAGGCUCCUGUCCGCAAAGUCUUGGAGCCUUUUGGUAUAAGACGUUUUCCGGCACGGGCGCCUCAGACUCAACAGCCAGCUCCUAAGGAAUCACCUUCCAGUCAAACGGCUUCUAGCGAACCGACCCCCAGCCGACCGACACAGUCCCCAGCAAGUCCAAGUCAACCAACUGUCAGCAGUCUAUCGAGCCUUUCCAGCGGGGCAUCAUUAAAGCCGGGCCCAGCCAGCCAACUCAGUGAACAAACUGAUGGGGCUUCGGGGAAAAGCAGCUGGGAUGCUUUGGAAGCCGCCAGUUCGGCGUCCAGCCAGCCUAUUAAGCCGGCCAGUGGAGAAUGGGGAACAAGCAGCUGGGGAGCAAGCAGCUGGGGUGCCUCUUCAGCCUCCAGUCAGCCAGCCAGCCAAUCUCAGACAGAACGACUUCUUCCCCACGAAAAAGUAGCCAGGGAUCGGUUACAGCAAAGACAUGCUCAGAGCCACCCUCAGGCCCCAGCAAAAAAUCUGAAGAGCCUUGCUGAUGGUCUCUUUGCCCAUGAUAGACAGACAGGUCAACUUUCGGCCAAGGAUCUACGGAAACGUCAGGAGACAGGUUCUCUCAAGAACGACUUGCUGAACGCCGAGGAAGAGGAGCGUCGUGCGGACAAUACAGAUGCAUGGGAUGACAUAUUUUCCACUCAGCCUCCGCCUCCCCCGCCUCCUCCUCCUUCUGCACGCAGAACUUCAGCUCGUGAGGUUUACCAGUCGAUUUCAUCAAAGUUUGCACCUCCACCUGCACCUCCAUCGGAUUCCAAAUCUUCGCGUGAAACCGAGGGGCAAUGGGCAGGGCUCAUCCGCCGUACAGCCGGGGCAAACGUUGGGAACGGCCGAUUGACUGGCAAUAACGAUUUUGUCAAGACCGCUCCCCCUUCUGAAACAGAAAAACGUUCGGAGCCCAGAGAUAGUCACAACUUUUGGAAGCAAGCUGAAGAUCGAUAUGCAACCAGUCCAGCACCUCAAGCGCAGCCUGAGGCGGCUUCCGAGAGCACUCGGGAGGCCACCGAAGCGUUCAAGAAGCAGAUGUCGGAUGGCUGGGAUUGGGCUGACGACUACGGAGGGAAGCCUAAGGAGAAGGAAGGACAGAAGCUGGAGCAGCAAGACUUUGAAAAGCCCAGGGGCAGAGAUAAUGCAAGACAAACAAGAGGCGAUAGGGUUGCAUUGGAAGAGAUACCGAUUCCCUCGCGGUAUAUCAAGGAGGAAAAGAAGCCCAAAAAGAAAGGGGGUAGGCGGCGCGACUACAACGAAGACGAUGAUUUCGAUGAUAUGGCGUAUGAGUACAAGCGCCGUGAAAGGUUGGCCAAGAAGGCUGAGAAGGAGCGGCUCCAGUAUGAGGAGACUGGCCCUAUUCCUAUUCUCCUUCCCGAGUUUAUUAGCGUUGCCAACCUCGGCAUGGCCCUUGGCGUGAAGACCGACCUGUUCAUCUCCCAACUGGGAGAGCUCGGAUUUGAAGACAUCGCCAAGGAUAGCAUCAUGACCGGCGAGACGGCCGCGUUGGUUGCCCAAGAGUACGGCUUUGAGCCAACAGUCGACGCUGGUGAGGAUGAGGACUUGAGGCCACGCCCUCCUCCUGAAGACCCCUCUAGCGUACCCCUACGGCCACCAGUUGUCACUAUCAUGGGACACGUCGAUCACGGCAAGACUACUCUGCUCGAUUUCCUGCGGAAGUCUUCGAUCGCAGCCGGUGAGCACGGUGGAAUUACCCAGCACAUUGGUGCCUUUUCUGUGCAGAUGUCCUCGGGUAAGCAAAUCACCUUCCUGGAUACCCCCGGCCACGCUGCCUUCCUGUCCAUGAGACAGCGCGGCGCCAACGUCACCGACAUUGUGAUUUUGGUUGUCGCCGCCGACGACAGUGUCAAGCCGCAGACCAUCGAGGCCAUCAAGCAUGCUCGCUCCGCCAAGGUACCCAUGAUCGUGGCCAUCAAUAAGAUCGACAAGGACCAAGCAAACGUCGAGCGCGUCAAGUCUGACUUGGCCGCCAACGGCGUCGAGAUCGAGGACUAUGGCGGCGAUGUCCAGGUUGUCUGCGUCAGCGGCAAGACCGGUCAAGGUAUGGACGAUCUCGAGGACAACAUCCUUCUUCUGUCCGAGAUGCUCGACAUCCGCGCCGAGUUCGACGGCAUGGCCGAGGGAUGGGUUCUUGAGUCCAGUAUCAAGCCAAUUGGCCGCGUGGCCACCGUGCUUGUCAAGCGCGGCACCCUGCGUCCCGGCGAUUUCAUCGUUGCUGGCCGUGUCUUCGCCAAGGUGCGCAGCCUGCGCAACGAAGCGGGCAUUGAGGUCGAAGAGGCUCCCCCCGGAACAGCCGUUGAGAUUCUCGGCUGGAAGGAGCCACCCGAGGCGGGUGACAUGGUUCUCCAGGCCCCGAACGAAGACAAAGCCAAGAGCGCGGUGCACUAUCGCAUCGAGCAGAAGGAGCGCGAGGAGGCCAUGGAGCAGAUCACGGAGAUGGAGCGGCUCAAGCGCGAGCGUGAGGCCGAACGAAUCGCGGCCGAGGAGGCUGAGAAGGGUGAGGAUGGAGCCGAGGCGGCGGAGGAGAAGCCAGAUGGGCCCAAGAUGAUCAACUUCACCGUCAAGGGCGACGUGCACGGCUCGGUCGAGGCCGUGUGCGCGUCGAUCCUAGAGAUCGGAAGCAACGAGGUGCGCCCUCGCGUGCUACUGUCGAGCCCGGGCCAGAUCACCGAAUCGGAUGUCGAGCACGCCGCGGUUUCGGGCAGCACCAUCAUCAACUUCAACAACCCGAUCCCUGGCCACAUCAAGCGCAUGGCGGUCGAAAAUAAGGUCAGGAUUAUGGACCACAACAUCAUCUACAACCUGACCGAGGAGGUACGCCAGGUGCUGAGCGAGAGCUUGGCCCCCACAAUCUCGUACAAAGUACUCGGCGAGGCCGAGGUGGCGCAGGUGUUUGCUAUUAAUAUCAAGGGACGGAAGUACAAGAACAUUGCGGGUGUCAAGGUCAGGAAUGGGAUGGUGAUGAGGAAUGGACGGGUGAGGUUGCAGAGGAAGGGAGAGGUUGUUUUUGAUGGUACCAUCAGUUCAGUCAAGCACGGCAAGAAGGAGGUUACGGAGAUGCGCAAGGGCACCGAGUGCGGUCUCGAGUUUGGCGAGUUUGACGACAUCAAGGAAGGAGAUCUCAUCCAGGUUGUGGAGGAGAUUAGAGAGAGGAGGUAUCUGUAAAGGAUUGUUAUCCUGUUGUAAAAUUAUUAUACAUGUACGAUUGUGCAAAUCCUGGAGUUAUGAGAAGAUGGGUAUCUGCGGGAAAAAGAUGGAUGAUGGCGGAUAUAGAUAGUAUUGUAUAUACCAGCAGCUGCCAAUGUAUAGACCGACAUGAUACAACUACGUCAACAAUAGUAGUGCAUGUAUGAAUUGAUCGAGGGUUUGAUGGGAAAUGAGCAUAACCAGCUUCAUUUCAAGGGGUAAAAUGUAAUG